AUGUGUAUUGAUGUGAUGAGAGAAAGAAGAGGAGCAGGGCCAGCAGCAGCAGCAGGCCCGCGGGCGCCGCCAACAGCGAGCGGCGCGCCCGCCACCCCAUGUCAGCGCCGCGAGCAGGCCGCGCCGCGCGCCGCCGCCGCCGCCGCCGCCGCCGCCCCGCGCCGCGCCAUCACCCGACCGACGCCCGCCCGACGCCCGACGCGCGACACCGACCCCCGCCUCCCUACGCCGCACUCCCUAUACGAACCUAUCCAAAACUCUGCCCGAAUUCUCAGAUAUCAUAAAUUGAAUCACCGCUCGCCGACGGCCACGCGUGCCCGGAGUGCGGCCGACCGUGGGGCAGCGGAGCCGCCGGUGUGCGGACUGGCGGCCGCGCAGCCGCUGCCGCCCAUUCACGCGCCGCUCGCCGCCCGCCGCCCGCCCGCGCCCCAACCGCCCGACCUUCGUCCCGUACCCCUCGCCCCGCUACACCCGGCUCCUGCUGCCGAUGCCGCCCGCCGCCGCCUACUAUUAUGCUAA